AUGCCUGGAAGACACCACAACGUUGCUCUAGCCAUCCCGGCUCCUCAGGAGGUGUACAAUGCAUAUGUUUAUGCAGUGGCACUAGUGGCAUCAAUGGGAGCGUUCAUUUUUGGUUAUGAUCUUGCAUUCAUAGGCACAACCAUCACGCUCAAACCCUUUCUCAAGGACUUUGGAUUGACGCACGCUUCGUCAAGCGCCAAAGAUGCCUUUUCGGCCAACAUCGUUUCUCUGUUACAAGCAGGCUGCUUCUUCGGUUCUUUGGCUGUCGCACCUCUUGGAGACCGCUUUGGGCGCAAGCCUGCAUUGAUGAUCGCUGGCGUGGUCUUCUGUGCUGGAUCUUUGAUGCAGACCGUCAGCUUUGGUCAUGUAGCAGCCAUGUAUGUUGGCCGUGCCAUUGGUGGUCUUGGUGUCGGUCUUGCUAGUGGACUCGUACCCCUAUACGUCGCCGAACUUUCUCCCCCAGCCAUAAGAGGUAGACUUGUUGGUAUCUAUGAGAUCAGCGUACAGACCGGUACAUGCAUUGGUUUCUGGAUCUGCUAUGGCGUGCAACGCAACAUGGCAUCUACCUCUUCUCAGUGGAUCUUGCCUUUCGCCGUUCAACUCAUCCCUGGUGUUCUCCUGAUCAUUGGCAUGUUUUUCGUAACCGAGUCACCAAGAUGGCUGGCUCAACACAAAUCACGCGAGAUUGCAGCACACACCCUUUGCAAGCUUCGUGGUCUGCCCGAGGACCAUGAAUAUCUCCAAGAAGAGCUAACCCACAUCAUGGAUACUGUCAACGAGCAGCUGGAAAGCCCACAUGACCAGGGCUUGGUCUCUCAGUUCAAGGAGCUUCGCGUCCCCAGCAAUCGCAGACGUAUUCUUGCCGGAUUCUUUAUCUUCGUCUUCAUGCAGUUUGCCGGUUCCAACGCUAUCAACUACUACUCUCCUCGCAUCUUCAAGUCCAUCGGUCUCAACGGACAGUCCACUGGUCUCUACGCCACUGGUAUCUACGGUAUUGUCAGACUCGUCUGCGUCAUCAUCGCCAUGUACUACGUUGUCGACCGCUUCGGACGCAGGAAGAUGCUUAUGGGCGGAGCAGCCGUCAUGGCCACCGCCAUGUGGUUCAUCGGCGCAUACAUCAAGAUUGCUAACCCCGCCCAACAUGCAGUCGGUCUCUCUGCUGGAGGCUACGCAGCAGUCGCCUUCAUCUACAUUUUUGCCGUCGGGUUCUGCUUCUCUUACGCCGGCUUGGGUAUGGCUUUGUGCACUGCCACGCACUGGUUGUUCAACUUUGUCAUUGCGAGAUCAGUGCCGUACAUGAUCUCGAACAUUGGCUUCGGCACGUACUUUGUCUUUGCCGCCUGCACAACCGUCUCGAUCAUCUUUGUGUACUUCUGCGUGCCAGAGACCAAGGGCCUGUCUCUUGAGGAGAUUGACGUCGUGUUCGGCGGAGAGUUUACCAGCGGGCUCGAAGGUGCCGCUCUGGAAGAGGUCAAAAUUGGCGAGGAAGCCACACAUGUCGAGUACAUCCAGAAGUCGUGA